AUGCGUGUGUGGAUCCUUGUGUUGCUUUCUGCAGGAACACUGUACAGUGAGGACUUUGGCGGAUGCGAACAGCAGCCGUGUCAAAAUGGCGGACUAUGUGAAAGCCACUCGGGAGGAUUCCGUUGCCUUUGUUCGCAGCAGAGCCAAAAUGGACGCCUGUAUGGUGGAGAGAACUGUACAGUUCCCCUUUCAGGCUGUGAUGAAAGCCAGUGUGAGAAUGGAGGAAUAUGUUCUCCCUUGUUUUCGAACAACCAACACGCCUACACGUGUAUCUGCCUUCAAGGUUACACCGGGCCAAAAUGCCAGACCUCCACCACAUUCUCAUUUGAGUCGCAGGGAUAUUUGUAUAUCGACACCGAGCAACUGGACCCUGAAUCUCCUCUUAAUGUGACCUUCAGCUUUAGAACAGAGAACCCAACUGGUACUCUUUUUCACCGUAGAGUGGAUGACUUGCUCCUCAUCAUCGAGCUGAUGGCUGGACAUCUGCGCCUCCUCAGCUUGAGAGAUCAAGGCACCAGCACUCUGGUUCAAGAACUCCCAGAGUAUUUGUCCAACAACAAGUGGCACACAGUUGAAGCAUCUCUGGGUGGUGUGGUCAGUCUCAUCAGGCUGCUCUGCAGUGAGGUGAGCUGCAGGGACUCGGGCGUCGAAGUCCAGCCGAUGGAUCAAGCUGCCUCUCUGCCGGAGCCAGGAGUUGUUCGACAAAGCCUCUUUGUCGGAGCCAUUGGGUGGAACGGGGCUUCAGGUAGAGUUGAGGACAGAGCAGAGGAUCCACCAGCCUUUCUGGGCUGCUUUAGGGAUGUCUUAGUAGAUUCACGUCUGGUGCUGCCCGGUGACGUGCCAAAAGAUUCAGACGUCCAGGCAAACAUCGUAGCUGGAUGCAGCGACAGAGACAAGUGUGAGGAGAGCCCAUGUCAGAACAGAGGGCGGUGUGUGAGCCAGGGCUGGAGGAGAUACGCCUGUGAAUGCCACAGGCCGUAUGAAGGAGACGACUGUGCAGAGGAGUACAUCACUGGCAGGUUUGGAAACAAAGACCUUGAGAGCUACGCCAUGUUCUCAUUAGACAAUGAUCCGGGGGAUUCUGUAGUAAUAUCCAUGUUCAUUCGCACCAGACAGUCCAGUGGUCUGCUUCUCAUACUGGCCAAUACCACCAGCCAGUAUCUUCGCCUAUGGCUGGUGGAGGGCAGGGUCAAAGUUCAGGUCAACAACUUUGAGACUCUUGUCGGUCGGAACACUGUCAACAAUGGCCACUUCCACCUGGUUGCUGUGAAGCUGGAAGGAACUGCAGCCACUUUGUUCCUGUCAACUCAAACCCAGGGCUCUAUGGCCAUCAGGCGAGUCCAAGCACAUCCUGGCGAUUUGGUCUUUGUUGGAGGUCUACCAGAUUCAAGAGCCUCGGCUUCAUUUGGUGGCUACUUCAAGGGAUGCGUCCAGGAUCUGAGGAUUAACAGCAAGCACCUGCAGUUCUAUCCAGUAUCAACUCCUGUGGAGUCGUACAACCUGGAGAAGCUUGUGGGCGUAUCAGAAGGAUGCAGCAGUGACAACGCUUGUGCUGCCAACCCUUGUCUCAAUGGAGGGGAGUGUUACUCCAUGUGGGAUGAUUUUAUCUGCAGCUGUCCCCCCAACACAGCAGGGCAAAGGUGUGAGGAGGUGAAAUGGUGUGACCUGUCUCCCUGCCCUGUUGCAACUAUCUGUCAGCCCCUCUCCCAAGGCUUUGAGUGUUUGUCCAAUGUGACGUUCCGGCUUGACAACAGCAUUUUGUGGUAUCACAGCAACAAGAAAAUUAAGUCCAACCUCUCCAGUGUCUCCCUCAGCUUCCGCACUAGGCAGUCAGAGGCCGUUUUGCUUCAUGCUGAGAGAGACUCUGUUCACAUAACGGUCUCUCUCCUUGACUCUCAUUUGGUUGUGGAGCUCCUGGGUGGGGCUGAUAAUGACUCUCUGAAAGUGACAGCAGAAAGCCUGGCUCCACUCAGUGAUGGUGAGUGGCACUUUGUGUCAAUCAGCAAGGAGAAACAGUUUCCAACAUCCAGGUGGAUCAUGGAUGUAGACGGACACAAAGAGUACAUCAGUGUCUCCAAAGCAGCAGUUGGAGACUUGAGCUUUCUCAGGGAUGGAGCAGACAUUUUCCUGGGUGGCCUAAGCCAGGAAUCUGGAUUGACCUUUUCAGGAUGUCUAGGUCCAGUGGAGAUUGGGGGUCUUCACUUACCAUUCCAUCAGGAGACAGAACUGAACCUCCCCAGACCUCAGGAGGAACAGUUUGUGAGGGGCAACAGCAAUAAUUCACCACAGUACGGAUGCUGGGGAGCCACUGUGUGUGCUCCAAACCCAUGCCAGAAUGGGGGUAUGUGUGAGGACCUGUUCGACCAGCAUCAGUGCACCUGCCCCUCUGAAUGGACAGGAUCACUAUGCCAAGACCAGACAGACACCUGCAACUCCCACCCAUGUGUAUACGGUAACUGUACUAACCUCUCCGAGGGCUAUAAGUGUGAGUGUGAGCUGGGCUUCACUGGUGAACAGUGUGAGGUAGAAAUGGAUAUGUGUGAAAACAGCAGCUGCAACUAUGGCGCCACCUGCCUGAAAGGCUUCCAGAGCUACACGUGUCUGUGUCCUCGGAACAUGACAGGACAUUUCUGCGAUGUUAAAAUCCCUGAAACUCCGUGGUACAUAGAGACAGAUCCACUUCCUCAGUUACCUGCCUCUUUCUGCGCGGGUACAAGAUGGAACUACAGCUGCUUUAAUGGAGGGAACUGCUCUGAAGCUGAGAAUACCUGCUACUGCCUGCCUGGAUUCACCGGUCAAUGGUGCGAGAAAGAUAUAGAUGAAUGUGCCUCAGACCCGUGUAUGAAUGGAGGCUUCUGCCUCAACUACGUGAACAGCUUCGAGUGCGUGUGCGACAUGAACUACUCGGGUGUGUACUGCCAAAUGGACGUCAGCGACUUCUACAUGUACGUGUUCUUAGGCCUGUGGCAGAACCUCUUCCAACUCGUGUCCUACCUCGUCAUCCGCCUCGACGACGAGCCGGAGAUCGAGUGGGGGUUCCACGUCAACGAUUAG